AUAGAAUAUCUUUUAAAUUUCUAUGAAAAAAGACCAAAGAAAAAUAAUAAAACUAAUAUUUAUAGCAAUUCGUGCUCUUUCUUUAUAACGCGCAAGAGAGUCGCUACGCUGGGAAUAGCAUAUGCGCUCUGUUAUGAAUAUGCGGCACAAAGCAUAGCAGGCAAUAAGUAGAAGAAGCAGCAGCAGGCAACGGAAUGCCUUUGUGUGUGGAGCUGUGGAAUCCCUCAUGACAAAAUCAAUAUAGGAUAGCAAAAACAGCUGAGCCGCCUGGCCAGUGUAAACAGACGAAAGAGAGAGAGAGUGACUGAAUGUGUGCGUGUAAGAGAGCGUAACUAUAAAUAGGGCAAGAGUCGCAUGCUCUCUCCCUGGGAGCAUUUAGAAUAAUUUUUGUGUUUUUCCACUUUAGUCAAUCGCAGCUCUUCAACGUUGGCGGUAGCCGAAAAUCAAGCGGAUCAACUCGACACACCACAACACACAUACACCAACACACACACACACAAAUAUAUAUAUAAAUACACAUACUUAUACACACACAUUAACAUACACAUACAAACGCGCGCGACAGUGUGCCAUAUGUGUAAUCAAAACGUAGCCCCGCCGCACUAAGAGCAAAAGUUUAUAUAUAGAAAAUUUCAACGCACAGCUGAGGGAAAACUAAAUUCGUUGUUCAGCUGAAAAUAAAUUUAACCGAAAAACAACAAAACAAUUCAAUAUAAAUGAGAAUUUUUCGUAACUAGAUUUCAAUUUAACGCCAUUCUUGUAUGCAAUACUUCACAAACAUUACGCAUUCGCCGCAUGUGAUGGAAAAAAUAUAACUGAAGUAGAAAAAAAAGCAACGAAAUCGUGUGGCGCCAGCGUUGGCGUCGCUGCUGACGUCGCGACUCCACCCAAAAUUGUAUACCAAAUUUGGUAGCAAAUGCACUGAGUUAGUAACUGAGUGUGAGAGUGUGUGUGUCUGUGUGUAAUUCGGUUGUGCACAACCAGCAAAGAACAACAAAAAAAGUUUGAAAAAUGCUAGCAAAAUGUUUGGUACAUGCGAAAAGUUGAUGACACAUUUUGCUGUCAUUUUGACCGCAUUUCUUGCCGCUCAGCCUCUGUUAUUGCUGCUCAUUUGCGGUCCCCCAGCAACGCGGCAUGCCGGCCCCGCCUCUUCCACGUUUAUGGUGCACGCCUCCGCCGCGGACGAAGCCGUCGGCAAAUGGGCAACCCAGUUCGGAGACGAGCUAUUCCUGCUGGCCCAGAAGAUAACCAAAUCGCAGCAGAUCAAAGAGAAAUACAAGGAAUACAAUGCUCGGGUUGAGCUCAAGAAUGGCACCGAACUGAUCAAAUCGAUAACUGCGAACGUGGGUAAAAUGCUGGCGCGUAAAAUGGACGCUGUGCGCUGCAUACAGGAGAAGGCUGAGAGCGUCAAUGAGAAUUUCGACUUCAAUCUGACCUAUGCGGAGGCCAACUUCACCUACUACUCGAGCAAGUACUCGCCGUUCAAUGGCAACAGCUCGGAGGAGCUGGAGGCCAAUGUGCAGAAGUAUGCCUUUAUGUAUCGCGAAAUGAUGUUGAAUCCGGAUACACAUUUCUACAAUAUUUCGGUGGACACGGAGCACAGCUCGGUGCACGUGCCCUCCAAUGUCUGGGACCGUGCGCCGCAUGUGCUGAAGACUAUACAAUGGUCGGAGUAUCUAGAUGAGGUGUUCCGCCAGAAUUACCAGUCCGAUCCUGCCCUGUCUUGGCAAUAUUUCGGCUCGGAUACGGGCAUAUUGCGUCACUAUCCCGCCGCCCAGUGGUACGACUCGCGGGUCAAUAAACUGGAUGCAGAUACGUACGACUGUCGCAAGCGCUCGUGGUAUAUAGAGACGGCCACAUGCUCCAAGGAUAUUGUCAUACUGCUGGAUCACUCGGGCUCAAUGACUGGCCAUCGCCAUCAUGUGGCCAAGUUCACCAUUCGCAGCAUAUUGGACACAUUCUCCAACAACGAUUUCUUCACCAUUUUUCGGUACUCGAACGAGGUGCAGGGCAUCAUACCCUGCUUCAAGGACGCUUUGGUGCAGGCCACACCAGAGAAUAUCGAUGUCUUCAAUUCGGCCAUAGCCGAACUGGACGAUCCCGAGGGGUAUGCGAACCUGACGCUCGCCUACGAACAGGCCUUCCAAAUACUACGCAACUACUACGUGAAGCGAAGAUGCAACGAGACCUCCACGUGCAACCAGGCCAUAAUGCUGGUCACCGAUGGCGUGGCGGGCAAUACUACGGACGUCUUCGAGAAGUACAACUGGGGCAAUGGAGAGAACGGCACUUCACGCAUGAAUGUGCGCCUCUUUACUUAUCUGCUGGGCAAGGAGGUGACCAAGGUGCGGGAGAUUCAGUGGAUGGCUUGCUUGAAUCGUGGCUACUACUCGCAUGUUCAAACCCUGGAUGAGGUACACGAGGAGGUGCUCAAGUAUGUCGAUGUCAUAGCCACGCCUCUGGUGCUGCAAAAUGAACAGCAUCCGCCCACCUGGACGCAUGCGUUUACAGAUAAAACGUACGAUCCUUUGAACUCAAAUGAACGACGACCGCGUCUUAUGAUAGCCGUCGGUGUGCCCGCCUUUGAUCGCUCCUAUCGGCACGAAAACAGCACUAGAAGGCGCGCACGUCUCCUGGGCGUUGCUGGCACGGAUGUGCCCGUCGAGGAUAUAGACAAAUUGACGUUACCCUAUAAGCUGGGUGUCAAUGGCUACUCAUUUGUGGUGUCCAACAAUGGCUAUGUGCUGCUGCAUCCGGACUUACGGCCCCUUGGUUCCAACAACAAAAUGAAUCCCAACUAUAAUAGCAUUGAUUUUACCGAAGUGGAGCAUUUGUUUGAGGAUCAGAAUCCCCGCGAACCGGGUGAAUCCAUUCUGAACAUACGCAGCUCCAUGGUCCACAAUGAGGCCAAGGAAUUUCGAGACAUUACGGUUAAGUUCCAUUAUGAUAAGAUGCGGCGCGUGUCGGAGGAGAAACAGGAUUAUUUCUUUGCUCCCUUGCCCAAUACACCUUUUACUCUGGGCAUCGUUAUGCCCAGUGAGUAUGGCAAGACUUGGAUCAAGGUGGGCGAUGAGGUGGACAAGAAUAAACACAUGAAGGUCAACAUAUCGGAAUUCUUCAUUGGCGAGAACUGGAAAGUGCAUCCUGAUUGGGUCUAUUGCAAGUAUCACUACCUGGAGGGACACGAAUUCAAGACGCCUGAAGCGGAGCUGCGCGAGUUCUUGGAGAAGAUGAUGAAACCCGACUGGAAAUGGCCAGAGCAGUAUGCCGAAGAUGAAUCCGAUUGGGAUGACAAGGAUGACUUGAACUGUGGUCGCAAGACGCUCGGCGAUGACGCCUACUACUGCAACAAGGAGCUGGUCCAUCUGCUAAUCUUCGAUGCCAAGGUGACGAACUUUAGCUACGGCGAGUGGAAGUUUGAGAACGAGCAGGAGCGACAGCUAAUUGAACGCUUUGGCGCCACACUGAGGUUUGUGGCCACCAUGAGCGGCUUGACACGCUGGCAGUUCAUCUUUGGCGAGGUGGAGGUGGAUACGGAUCAGGAAUUCGGCGAUUACCAUACGACAGCCAUUGAUGAGACCUGGUACAAGAGCGCUAUACUGCAGCAUCAUCAGGAGAAUACCGAAAGCUUUGUCUACUCGGUCAAGCACUACAACGAUCCGCUCGAAGACAGCGAUCUUAAGGUGACCGCCUCGCACGCCAUCUUUCCGCGAGAUGGCGGCAAAGAGGCGCCCGCCUGCGUAGUCGGUUUCCAGUUCUCACAUGCGCGCAUGUGGGAACGCUUCUUCAACAUAACAGCCGUGGAUAAUUGCGACAAAUGCCUGCCCAUCUGCACGGAUGACGGCAUCGAUUGUGCUGUAAUCGAUAAUAAUGCGUACAUUGUCGUGGGCCAAAACAUAAAUACGACGGGCAAAUUCUUUGGCGAAUUCCAUGGCGAUGUCAUGGCCGCCAUGGUUCAGAAGGGCAUCUUCAAAAGCAUCGAGGUCUAUGACUACCAGGAACUAUGUAAAGUGGAGCCAACAACCCUCAGCGAAGGACACAGUUUACUGCAUCCGCUGCAAGUGCUGGGUCUACUUUGGAAGUGGCUUAUAGCGCAGGUAUUCUGGCACUACCAAAGAGUUAAAUGGUGGGUGGAUGGAGCGCCCUUUCUGGAGUACUUGGACAAUAUUGAGGAUGAGUAUGUUGCCGUGGACAAUAUUAAUUCACCAUCGGCGGUAAAGCCCAAGGAUGAUGGCGACGAUGGAGAGGCGAUAUUCCAUGAGCCCGAGCCGGAACCGAUUUACAAGCCGUGCGACAUGCGCUCCACACUAUACGCGCUGCAACCCUCCGCCUUGGUGGGCAUCAAUGACAUCAUAGAUGUGCCAUCGACGCGUCCGUUUCUGGUUAAGAAAAUCCCCAACUCGAAUCUGGUAAUGGUGGUGGUCAAGGUGCUGAUGCCAUCUCGCAGUGUACGCCUAACCACCGAACCACAGCGCAUAACCGACUACGAGGAGGAAUUUCCCUGCUACAAACUAAAUAUGAGUUUCUACGAUAGACGACGCAUCGAGGAGUGUUUCACGGAGCACGAGGAUGAGGAACUUUUCACCUAUUGCGGCAACGCCUCGCGGCUGGGUCUGACGCUUCAGCUGCUGCCGCUGACCAUAAUUUUGAUGUUUUACUUGACGCGCUGCUUUAUGCGCGUCUAGUUUAUACAAUCUAUACAUAUAUAUACAUAUAUAUAGUAUAUAUACUAAUGCGAUCUGUUUGUUUUUAGAUUGUAAACUAUUGUGUAGUACAAUUCUAGUCAAAUGUUUAACAACAACAAAAAACCAAAACAAAGCACAAUCUUAAGCAAGUUUAGCAACAACAAAAAGAAAAUCCAAAAACAAAUUUCAACUUUUAGACUUAUAAAAUACGCCAAAUGUUAAGGAGGAGGUAAAUGCGAAAAGGGAGAGGAAUAUGUUACAAGCAGCUCCUAAAUUCUAUUUCCUAAUUUAUAUAAUUUCAAACCGAAUUCUUUAGCUCUUAUGAAAAACUUUGGAAUGAAAUUUAAGUUUUAUACUAGCUAAAACGCCCACGUUUCAUUAACUAUUUUGGAUAGUUUAAACAACGGUAAAUACCAAUGCCAAAUAUUAACUAAAACUAUGAAAACAAAACAAAGUGUAAACAAAAAUAAUUCAAAUAACAAUUAUUUUUGUAAUUUUAUAAAAUUAGUUGAUUUUUUACAAACGCGAUGGAAUGUAAACUUAGAUGAGAUACACACACACACACAGAGAGACACUAAAUACACAAUUUCGUCCCUUUGGCCCAACCGAUAAAUAUAUAUAUAUAAUGU